AUGGCGGCUCAGAAGAGACCCUCCCAGAGAUCCAAGUACCUGGCCUCGGCGAGCACCAUGGACCACGCCAGGCACGGCUUCCUCCCCAGACACAGGGACACGGGCAUCCUCGACUCCCUCGGCCGCUUCUUUGGCGCGGACAGGGGUGCACCCAAGCGGGGCUCGGGCAAGGUCCCGUGGCUCAAGCAGAGCGGGAACCCUUUGCCCCCGCAUGCCCGCAGCCCGCCCGGGCUGUGCAACGUGCACCAGGAUGGACACCACGCGGCCAGAGCCACCCACUACGGCUCCCUGCCCCAGAAGGCACAGCACGGCCGGCCCCAAGACGAAAACCCCGUAGUGCACUUCUUCAAGAACAUUGUGACACCUCGCACACCUCCUCCAUCACAAGGAAAGGGAGCCGAGGGCCAGAAGCCGGGAUUCGGUUACGGGGGCAGAGCUUCCGACUACAAAUCGGCUCACAAGGGCCUCAAGGGGCACGACGCCCAGGGCACGCUUUCCAAAAUCUUCAAGCUGGGAGGACGAGACGGCCGUUCGGGAUCCCCAAUGGCGAGACGCUGAAGCCCUGCACCGUGUCCCGGAAUCCCGUCCGUCCCCAGCUUCCUAACACAACUGCCUGGAAGUUAACCGCGAGCUGUAGAUCCCUAACGUAGCCGCUACCCCCUAACCCUGGCGACAGCGCACAGCAGCCCCUGCGCGCGGCCUGCCGGCUUCUGGCCGGCCGCCCCGCUGUCCCCUCGCCCUUGGAGAUCAGUGACGUCCCCCGAGAGCCUGGGCCGGCGACGCUCCCUGGGGAGCGGCCCUGGGGACCACCGCGCGGGGCGCGCAGACCGUGCGGCUCUGAGCUUCCUUUGGUUUCUUUCCCGGCCUCCACUGCUCACCCCCCGAAGCCCUUCCCCUUCUAACCGAUCGGCUGGGCGCGGAGCGGCUUGGCGGCGGGCGCUUUGGUAUGUGACAGGCGGGCGGGCAGCGGGGACUGUCCCGCGUGGUGGCCGCGGCUCACACACCCGGAUGAGCCGGAUCGGCGCGGGCGGAGAGGGCGCGCGGGGGCAGAGUCGGGCCGGGCUCUUCUGGGAAACCGGGCGGCGACGGCACAGGCUCGGCGGGCAGCAGAGCGGCCGAGGCCUGUUUCCACCCGAGCCCGGCGGCCGGCCGGGAGGUGGCGCAGCUCGGAUCGGUGGCAGGAGUUUCCGGGGAGCCUCGCGGUGGCAGGCUGGUCACCGUGAGCGCGAAGGUGACAGGUGGCGUAGCUCAGCACGGCGGUGCACACGGCAAACACUAACCACCCCCCACCCCGGCAGAAACGUAACCGUCCCGCCCGCUUCCUCCUGGAAACCCACUGACGAGUACGCUGGCCUUUCCCGAACCGCCGGCCGAGCACGUGGGGGUGGGCAGAGGUCCUCCAAUCCCGCCCUUUCCUAACGCGAGCUGACAUCUCCUGCGCUCCCCCCGCCCCCCGUAACCUACUGACUCCCGCCUUUUGAGUUCAGCAUCUCUCCCACAAGCCCUCCAAGGAGCCCCGCACACUGGCGUCAGCCCCCCUAGGACGGAGAUGAGGACUAGUCGACAUAACGCCCAAACGCGACUCUUUAAUCCCCUUCUAAUUUUGAAUGUUUCGUGUGGGUUUAAUAUAAUGUCUAUUAAUAUAUAGCCUCAAUGAUAAGGGGAAAAAAAGGAAAAUUUCCGAAACAAAACCUCCAAAUUGCUACACACACACACACACACACACACACACACACACACACACUGCAUCUUUGAGCUACUGUUGACUGAGUGCCCUCCAU